AUGCCUUACCACAUCGCCAUGGUCAGCGAUUUCUUCUUUCCCCAGCCUGGAGGCGUCGAGAGCCACAUCUACCAACUGUCGCAAAAGCUCAUUGACCGCGGCCACAAGGUCAUCAUCAUCACGCAUCAGUACGAGGGCCGCACUGGCGUCCGCUACUUGACCAACGGCCUCAAGGUCUACCACGUGCCCUUCUUUGUCGUCUACCGCGAGACCACCUUCCCCACCGUCUUCUCCUUCUUCCCCAUCUUCCGCAACAUUGUCGUUCGUGAGAAGAUCCAGAUCGUCCACGGCCAUGCCAGUCUGAGCAGUCUGUGCCACGAGGCCAUCCUUCAUGCUCGCACCAUGGGCCUGCGCACUGUCUUCACUGACCACAGUCUUUUUGGCUUCGCCGACGCUGCCAGCAUCCUGACCAACAAGCUGCUCAAGUUUACCCUUAGCGAUGUCGACCAUGUCAUCUGCGUCAGUCACACGUGCAAAGAAAACACCGUCCUCCGCGCCUCUCUUGAUCCCCUAAUGGUCUCGGUCAUUCCCAACGCCGUCGUCGCCUCGAACUUCCGUCCUCUACAUCCUCAAGAUGCCACCCAGCCUUCGAUGCGCUCUGCUCUGCCACCUCCACCUCCCCAAUCCUCCCAGCCACUCGGCCCGAACGACACAAUCACCAUUGUCGUUAUCUCUCGUCUUUUCUACAACAAGGGAACCGACCUUCUGAUUGCCUCCAUCCCGCGCAUCCUCGCUUCGCACCCCAACGUCCGCUUCAUAAUCGCCGGCUCUGGGCCAAAGGCAAUCGACCUCGAGCAGAUGCUCGACCGUCAUAUUCUCCACGAUCGAGUAACCCUUCUGGGUCCUGUGCGUCACGAAGAAGUUCGUGAUGUCAUGGUUCGAGGUCACAUAUACUUGCAUCCCAGCUUGACCGAAGCCUUUGGAACCGUCCUGGUAGAGGCUGCAAGCUGCAAUCUACUCAUUGUUUGCACCAGGGUUGGCGGAAUUCCCGAAGUCCUUCCUGGCCACAUGACCGUAUUUGCCAAGCCUGAAGAAGACGACCUUGUUCGUGCAACCAGCGAAGCUGUAGGUCUCUUGAUGGGACAAGAUCAGAAACGUACUGUUGUUCGUAGGGACCGUUUCCAUGAGCAGGUCCGCAUGAUGUAUAGCUGGUCCGACAUUGCUCGCCGCACUGAGCGUGUCUACGACCUGAUUACUGGAAACGAGGAGCAGUCUUACAAUGAUUUCUACACCGAUCAACAGGAUGCCAAGUGGCGCCACUACGGGAAACAUGUCUCUCCUGCUUCACAGUCUUUUGCCUUGAUCGAUCGUCUGAAGAGAUACUACGGUUGUGGUAUCUGGGCUGGCAAGCUCUUCGUGCUCUGCGUCGUUGUAGAUUACCUACUCUUUGUAUUUCUCGAAUUGUGCUUUCCUCGCAGCAACAUUGAUGUCUGUAGAGACUGGCCGAAGAAGAAAGAAGCAGUGGAUGCNAAGAGGACCAGAGCCGCGCGAGACGUCAGCCUGGAAGUCACAAAGCAAAAUCUAGCAUAA